CGCCCGCCCCCUCCGCCCGCCCGGCCGCCCGCCCGUCCGCAGCGCGGCCCCGCGGCGCCGCUCCCCGGCCCCCGCUCCCGCAGCUUUCCAUGUGGUACCCAUGAAGAUGAGGCUGAGGACACGGAAAGCUUCCCAGCAGUCCAACCAGCUCCACACGCAGCGGGCGCUGCGGGCCAAGCGGAAACACUCGGAGGUGGAGGAGCCCUUAGCUGGCGGCGGGGGAAAGCCACCCAAAAAUGAGACGGGCCUCUUGUCUUCGAUCAAAAAGUUCAUUAAAGGAAGCACACCCAAGGAAGAAAGAGAAAAUCCCCCCAAGAGGAGUCGGAUUGAGCGGGAUAUCGAUAACAACUUGAUCACCUCCACGCCCCAGGCAGGAGAGAAGCCCAACAAACAGCUGUCACGCGUGCGGCGGAAAAGUCAGCUCAAUGGAGAAGCUGGAAGUUAUGAGAUGACGAACCAACACGUAAAGCAAAAUGGAAAAUUGGAAGAUAACCCCACCACAGGCAGUCCCCCGCGAACAACGUUACUGGGAACCAUAUUUUCUCCUGUUUUCAAUUUUUUUUCACCAGCAAAUAAAAAUGGAACGUCGGGCUCCGACUCGCCGGGCCAGGCCGUGGAGGCUGAGGAGAUCGUGAAGCAGCUGGACAUGGAGCAGGUGGACGAGAUCACCACGAGCACGGCCACCUCCACCAACGGCGCCGCCUUCCCCGCGCAGCCCGGCCAGGGCAGGGCCCUCAACAACGGCCUGGGCGAGCCCGAGGAGCCGGGGGACCGCGACCUGCCCCCGCUCACCGCACCAGUAUCUCCAGACAGUGGCUACUCAUCAGCUCAUGCAGAAGCCACCUAUGAAGAGGACUGGGAAGUCUUUGAUCCAUACUAUUUCAUCAAACAUGUCCCCCCACUAACAGAAGAGCAGCUGAACAGGAAACCAGCUCUCCCACUGAAAACCAGAAGCACACCAGAGUUCUCAUUAGUUCUAGACUUGGAUGAAACAUUAGUGCACUGUAGUCUAAAUGAAUUAGAAGAUGCUGCACUCACUUUUCCAGUUCUUUUUCAAGAUGUCAUUUACCAGGUGUACGUGCGGCUAAGGCCGUUCUUCCGCGAGUUCCUGGAGCGCAUGUCCCAGAUCUACGAGAUUAUUCUGUUUACUGCUUCUAAGAAGGUGUAUGCAGACAAGUUGUUGAACAUCCUGGACCCCAAAAAGCAGCUGGUCAGGCAUCGACUCUUCCGUGAGCAUUGUGUGUGUGUACAAGGGAAUUACAUCAAGGAUUUGAACAUCCUGGGCAGAGACCUCUCCAAAACCAUCAUCAUUGACAAUUCACCGCAAGCCUUUGCUUACCAGCUUUCCAAUGGAAUUCCUAUAGAAAGCUGGUUCAUGGAUAAAAAUGAUAAUGAACUCCUAAAGUUGAUUCCAUUUCUGGAGAAACUAGUAGAGCUGAACGAAGACGUCCGACCUCACAUCAGAGACAGAUUUCGCUUGCAUGAUUUGCUACCCCCCGAUUAAAGCCUGUGCUCUCGCUGCCGAGGGGAGGAAAUGCAGGACCCUGUUGGACUAAUACAAAACAUUGCCAUUACUGUUGAAAUUUUGCAUUUUUGUACCCCGUCUUGCUUUUCUUAUCUUUGGUGCCCAACAAUGAUCAAGGGUUACAGAAAGAGACUUUCUACACCUGAGGUUGCCGCCAUCAGUACAAUCCAGUACCCGCAGUAGGGAGGCUAGAACAGAAAAGUCUUUAGAACUAGUGCAACUCCAAGGAAAUUUUUUAUGUACAGGACAUCUGCAGUUUAUAAAGAAAAUUCUGUUUCUGCCACCAGCAGUUUGACCUGUAGAAACACAGGAUUUUAUGAUACAACAGAGAUUGAAAACGGACUCGGAUUUUCUCUCUGUUCGGUGCUCUAAGUGGGUUUGUAGCCACUUUUCUGUUACUUUUAAGAUUCUCAUUUCAACAGGAAUGGCCAGUAAAAGUUGUUUUAUUUUUCCUGUUAAGGUUUAUAACCUUUUUACAUUUUUGACCUGUAUUAGAUUAGAAUUUCAUUAUGCAUUCCUUUUAGUUGAGGCGCUUCAUAGUUUUUCUGGAAAUAGCCAAAUUUUGUUAGUUUUUUAUUAAACAGUUGGCUGGCCGUUUCCCUGCUUUGUCUGCCUGCAUCCUGUAUAUUUGUUUAAAAAUAUUCUCUAGUUUUAGCCCACGUAAGUUUCAUUUAGAAAGAAAAAAAAAAAAAAAAAAAAGAAACCCUGCAUUUAUAUUUUCUUUCUGUAAUAUUCUACUGUAGUCGAAAACCUUUUCAAAAAAAAUCAAGAGACUGGCUAGAUAAGACGAAGAUAAGAACGACUAACGUUGGGAAUACCCUGAACCAUUGCGAUGGCACGUCCUCUGGACAGAGCUCGGCUGGCAGUGGCACCACGAUGGACAAGGAAUACCUCACCCUCUGCCGUGCCCGGCCCGGGGCAGGGGCAGGGGCAGGGCGGGCAGCUGUGACACUCCUGCUUCCAACCGGCCUCCCCGGGGCAGGGCUGCCCUGCCAUCCCACCGGUUUGCGAGGGAACGGCCCGGCCGCGGCUCUGAUGCAGCCCCGGGGGACGGGAGCUUUGUGCGGAAGGUAGGGUUUGUACCAGUUAGGAAGCGUUGCCUCUCGACUGCAUUACCACGCCACAGGCUCGGACUGGUUUUGUGUAAAAGAUGUCACAGAACGGCACUUUUUCUAAAGAGAAGUUUGCUAUUUUGUAUGCUUGAUAAGAAAGUACAGUAUUGGAAAUUAAAGGUGGACAGCUGAUAAUUGAGAAGUAUGUCAAUUAAUUUUUUAUGUAUAUUACCUGUUUACUUGUACAAUUUUAUUGUACAAAUUACAUGCAGCUUCAUUUUCAAAUGAGUCCUUAAAAUAAGGAAAAUCUUUUUAGCAAAACAUUUAAUUUUUGUAUUUUUGAUUUUAAAAGGCAUGAGUUAUGUCAACUUUUUCCAGUGUAUUAAUGAAGAUUUUAACUUUUCAUCAGGUUGAGUGUUUUCUUACUAUAUUAUCUGUUGUGUAUGUAGCUAGCACAUGGUGUCACUGAACUGUUAAAACUUAGCAUGUAGAGCAAGCCUGUUUUGUGGAAAAUCCUUAUUCAUUAAAAACAAAAUCAUCAUGGCAGAUUUUCUGCAAAAAAAGUGAAAACAUUUGCAAUUCAGAAUACUGAUUUUUUUUGUAUUUAAAGAAAGGUAUUUUGCUUGCAGGAAAGAAAUACUACAGAUUCAUUUUAAUGAGAAUCUUUUAAAUGUAUUUAUCUUUAGGGCAUCUGGGCAUCUUUACGCUGUUUGUCUUAUGUCUUUAUUGAAAUAAAAUGUACAGAACAUUACCUUUA